CAUUCUCUUAGGUGUGCAGAGAAUGUACAGUAAACGUUCUCACAUUUUAACUCUACUUGAUAGCACAAGACAUUGACUUAGCUGGAGGCCUGGAAGGACUUGCCAAGGUCAACAAACAGCAAAGGGGAAGUUUGAUGAAAAACAUACCAGAACUGACAUCAUAAUGCAAAACCAAACAGAAGAUUUCAAUAAAAUUGAAAAGAAAACAGACAGGGCUAUUCUGUAAGUCUCUCUCCCUCUCAGUGGCACAUCUGCACGGCUGUUUUUCUUUUCCACGUCAUUAAACGCACACCAAACUUUAGUUUGAGGCUCACUUUGUGCAAAACGCCUCCAAAGAAACCGGGUACGAAGGCGGAACUCGCGCGUGCUCCUCUCGCGUGCGCACCGUGAACGCGUCAACUGCGCUCGAGCUUAUUUAGAAAACUCUCCGUAGGGCGUAGGGUGCUAUCCAUGCACACUUCUGAUGUACAGUAUGAUAUGGACUCAUCGUACACCUUAAAUCCUGCAUCUCUUGGCUUCAACAAAUCCCCAUAACCAGCUGUGCCUCAGAAGCUGAAGAACCUGCGCGCUGGAUGAAACGAUGCGAGCUUUAAGGUUCUCUGCUCUUCACGAUGAUCUGUGUAAAAUAGCUGCAGGUGGAUUUCAUGUCUUUUAAACGAUUGUGUGCUGGAUGAUGCUCCCAACGCAAGCGCACCUUCUUCUUGUGUUCACUCUCACCGGUCACCUGUGGCGUAUUAUGGGCAGUCCUCUUGUGAUGGACCCAAACAGCAUUUGCAGGAGGAGUAAGCCUGCAGGAGGUGCAUAUAGUGAACUGUGCCAAACCCAACCUGAAAUAAUCCAAGAAGUUGCCAAAGGUGCACGGUUAGGAAUACGUGAAUGCCAACACCAGUUUCACCAUCAACGCUGGAACUGUACAGGUCAUGGCAAGAGUCUUGGCAAGAUCCUGCAACAAGAUAUUCGGGAGACAGCCUUCGUAAAUGGCAUCACGGCUGCAGGAGUGCUGUAUGCAGUAACACGGGCCUGCAGCCAGGGGGAGCUGAUACAUUGUGGUUGUGUGGCUAUUAAAAGCUCUUCUGGUAGCUCCAAUGAGCAGGCUAUGGAGAAUCCAAACCCUGUGCUCCAGGACCAGCACUGGCAGUGGGGAGGUUGUGGGGAUGAUGUGGACUAUGGCUAUAAGAUUUCCCGGCAGUUCAUGGACACCAGGAAGCAGAAGGGCAAAAGUGAUAUCAAGAGCCUGAUUGAUCUACACAACAAUGAGGCAGGCAGACUGGCUGUAAAGACCAAUAUGCGACCUGAAUGUAAAUGUCACGGCCUCUCUGGCUCCUGCACGCUCCGCAGCUGUUGGAGGAAGUUGCCUCUGUUCCGCCAGGUUGGAAACCAUCUCAUGCAGAGCUUCCAAACGGCAGUUCGUGUGAUGGGUGGCAACGACGGCAAAUCCCUCGUCCCCCUAGACCGGGAUGUCCCACACCUGGGUGCCCACAAUCUCAUCUAUUCAGAUGAAUCCCCGGAUUUCUGCAUGGCCAAUCGCAGGACAGGAUCUGAAGGGACACAGGGUCGGGUGUGUAACGAUACAGAAACAGGACCUGGAGCUUGUGAGUGGCUGUGCUGCAAUAAAGGACACACAGCACACACUCUUGAGUAUGAGGAGAAUUGCCAGUGCCGGUUUCAGUGGUGUUGUGAGGUACAAUGUGAGCGGUGUACUGUGAGACAUGAGAUGGACCCUCUGUGCAUGAUACUUGGUCUCCCAGAUGGUCGGAUCAGUAAACACAGGAGACUUUUCAAUAUACUGACCUUUGCUGCUAGAAAGAACAUUCUACUCUUCUGGAUCAAGAAUGUUGCUCCAACAACAAAAAAAAAAUCAUGGCACAACAUUGUUAUGGACUGCAUUCCUAGUGAAUACAUCACAUGCAUGCUUCACUCCAAAAUAGAUGCUUUCUAUAAGGUUUGGGACCCUUAUUUGUAGCAUAUUGGGCCCAAGCUGUCAUCUUCCUUGCUUCGUGGAUUUCCCAGAUCAGCCUAGCCUGUCUCUGUGACUUUGUUUUAAGUGCUCACUAUCUAACAAGCACCUUGUAGCCUUGCUAUGUUUGUAUGCUCUGUAUUGAUUCCUAUUUGGAUACUGCCCUGUCUUGCUGCAGGAGAUUAAAAGGGAGGGGGCUGGAUGGAGACUGUGCCCACUGUCAUUUAUUUUAAUUUUCAUAUUUAUUUUCUAUUUACUGUACCCACAUGCCCACAUUCUGCUGUGUGGGUUUUUUUUCUGUCAUG